AUGGCUUCUUCCUUGACCGUGAAAGUCCACCCGGUUUGUUAUUUGACAAUUGUGGAUGCUUAUGAGCGUCGCUCUAAGCCAGUGAAGGCAAAUCAACCGGCAAACGAUAAAGCCCUCGGAACUCUUAUGGGUUUUUAUGAAAAAGGCGCAAUUCAGGUCACUAACUGCUUUGCAAUUCCAUUCAAUGAGAACAAGGAUGAGCCGGAGCUCGACGAUUCGUUCAAUCAAAGCAUGAUUCAAAUGUUGAAGCGUAGUUGCCCGGCUGAGCAACCUGUCGGAUGGUUCUACACUUCUUCGGAUCUUUCAUCGGCUUGCAUUCCUUACCAUGAUUACUAUGUUCGCGUGAUCAGCGAGGUGUUUGGGCCCAGAAAAGAGGUUCCUCCGGUUGUGUUGCUGACUUUGGAUACCACCUUCAGCUCCCCUGAGGACAAGGAGAGAAUGCCCGUUCGUGCAUACAUAAGGACUAAAGCCGGAAUACCAGGAAAUCGCGAACCCCAUUGUGCUAUUUUCAACCCGCUUCGUGUUGAGAUGGACGCUUUCCCAGGAGAAUGUGUGGCUCUUAGCCUUAUUCAGAAUAGCGUCGAGGACAAACAACGUGAGGUACAUCUUGAUUCAGGACUUUCGCAAUUGGAAAAGACUACCGGGCAAAUUGUUGAAUGGCUCGAGCGUUUGCAAAAGUAUGUUGACGAGGUGCUUGCUCGCGACGAGCUUCCCGCCGAUGCCACGAUAGGCCGAAAAUUGAUGGAUAUUGUUCAAACGGCUGCCAGCCAUAUGCAACAGGACAAGCUCGAUGCUCUUGUUAAAAACAGCCUACGUGACUACAUGAUGAUUUCCUACCUCGCCAACUUGACCAAGACUCAACUUGCUCUCAACGAGCGUAUGGUGUCGCUU